CAGGCCAGCGUGAGGCAGCACAUUUCGCUCCGCGGCGGCAUCACCAUCACCACCACGACCUCCCUCAGCCCCGGCUGCAGCAAGAAGCCAAGCGUCGGGAAGCGGCAUCCGCGGAGCAUCCUUGGCCGAGGUGCUGGAGAUUCCCCGCUUUUGGGAUCCCCGCUUCCGAGGGCCCGUCUUCGACGCGCUUCUGGCUUGCCCCCCCCCCGCGAAAGGCUGCCCGCAGCCAAGGGAGACCCAGAUUUUAGCCCACCCAGAGUCAUCAUGUCAGACAAGAGUGAUUUAAAAGCAGAGCUUGAACGCAAAAAGCAACGUUUGGCUCAAAUAAGAGAAGAGAAGAAGCGGAAGGAGGAAGAAAGGAAAAAGAAAGAGGCAGAUUUUCAGCAAAAGAAAGAGCCCACUCAGGAAGAUUCUGAUCUAGAUCGCAAGCGAAGGGAAACUGAAGCGUUAUUGCAGAGCAUUGGUAUUUCCCCAGAACCACCUCUAGUGCAGUCGCUGCAUGUUUUAACAUGGGAUACCUGUUAUUUUCAUUAUUUAGUCCCAACCCCUAUGUCUCCCUCUCCGAAAUCAGUGAGCACUCCCAGUGAAGCCGGAAGCCAAGAUUCAGGAGACUUGGGACCUGUUGGAAGGACCCUGCAGUGGGACACAGACCCUUCAGUGUUGCAGCUGCAGUCUGACUCUGAACUUGGGCGCCGCCUGCACAAGCUAGGCGUGUCGAAGAUCACCCAGGUGGACUUCUUGCCUCGAGAAGUGGUGUCAUAUUCCAAGGAGACUCAAACACCUCUGGAUACUCAUCGAUCUGAAGAGGAUGAGGAAGAUGAGGAGUUGAUUGAACCAAAGGCCCAGAAUGACUCUGAGAUAGAAACUCAAGAAAAGAAGCAAGAGGUGAAGGAAGCUCCUCCUAGGGAAUUGACAGAAGAAGAAAAGCAGCAAAUUCUCCACACAGAAGAGUUCCUUAUAUUUUUUGACCGGACAAUACGUGUUAUCGAGCGAGCUUUAGCUGAAGAUUCAGACAUUUUCUUUGACUACAGUGGCCGAGAUGUAGAUGAAAAAGAUGGAGACAUCCAGGCUGGAGCCAAUCUUUCCUUUAACCGGCAGUUCUAUGAUGAGCAUUGGUCUAAGCAUCGAGUUGUCACUUGUAUGGAUUGGUCUCUUCAGUACCCUGAGUUGAUGGUUGCUUCAUAUAACAACAACGAAGAUGCUCCUCACGAGCCAGAUGGAGUAGCCUUGGUUUGGAACAUGAAAUUUAAGAAGAUGACCCCUGAGUAUGUUUUUCACUGUCAGUCAUCUGUGAUGUCUGUCUGCUUUGCCCGUUUUCAUCCCAAUCUGGUCGUUGGAGGGACCUAUUCUGGCCAAAUUGUCUUGUGGGACAAUCGCAGUCAUAGGAGGACACCAGUUCAGCGUACACCCCUUUCUGCAGCUGCUCACACGCACCCUGUGUACUGUGUAAAUGUAGUUGGAACACAGAAUGCUCACAACCUCAUUACAGUUUCUACAGACGGAAAGAUGUGCUCCUGGAGUCUGGAUAUGCUCUCAACACCCCAGGAGAGCAUGGAGCUGGUGUACAAUAAAUCGAAGCCGGUUGCAGUUACAGGAAUGGCUUUCCCAACUGGAGAUGUCAAUAAUUUUGUAGUUGGAAGUGAGGAGGGCACUGUCUACACAGCUUGUCGUCAUGGAAGUAAAGCUGGCAUUGGUGAGGUCUUUGAAGGCCACCAGGGUCCUGUCACAGGAAUCAACUGCCACAUGGCAGUGGGUCCAAUUGACUUCUCUCACUUGUUUGUCACCUCAUCCUUCGACUGGACUGUCAAGCUGUGGACCACAAAGCACAACAAGCCGCUCUACUCCUUUGAAGACAAUGCCGACUAUGUCUACGACGUCAUGUGGUCCCCCGUGCAUCCCGCGCUCUUCGCCUGCGUCGACGGGAUGGGCCGCUUGGAUCUCUGGAACCUGAAUAAUGACACCGAGGUUCCAACAGCUAGUGUGACCAUUGAAGGAGCGUCUGCUCUCAACCGUGUCCGUUGGGGCCAAGCAGGGAAAGAAGUAGCAGUUGGGGAUUCCGAAGGAAGGAUCUGGGUCUAUGACGUCGGAGAGCUCGCUCUCCCACACAGCGAUGAGUGGACUCGCUUUGCUAGGACUCUGGUGGAAAUCCGGGCCAACAGAGCUGAUAGUGAAGAAGAAGGAACGGUGGAAAUCUCUGCCUAAAAGAGGAAGGUGCUCUCCUCUAACCUCUGUCAGUUGCACCCAUGUUCCAUGUCCAAUCGGUAUUGUUGUGGCUUUUCACGCCAUUGUUCAUGUCAGCUUAUUUGAGAGGCUCAAUUCCUUCUUGUUAAUCAUACUGUGCUUAAAGUCGCUGGAAAAUAUACAGAGCAUUUCCAUGCUUCAUAUUUCUUUUUGAGGAGGGAUGAACGAGAGGACAAAUCAAACCCAAGUGAGUUCAGUGGUUGCUUUUUAACUACUUUAGUAGCUGCAGUAACUAGCUAGAAACCCCUGGAUAAACUUGGGCUCACAAGCAUUUCUAGCACAGUCGUAUUAAAUCCAGAUGAAGUCAGAUGUGAUUGGGUACAGAUGUGGUGUGCUUGGCAACAUGGGACUGGGUCAGGGACUUUAGAUGUGGUGUUUCACAUGGUGACUUACAUUAUGAAUGGAUGUACUAUAUGAACAUUGCUGCUCCUUAUUUAUUGCUGUGUGCUGCUGCAUGGAACAUAUUUAUUUGAAAGCAUUAAAAUAAACGAUCCUAAAGCAUGUGCAUAACGAGCAAACUGCAUUGUCUCCGCAUGCCUUUGGGGGUUAUGUCGAGCUCCACAUAACAAUUACAGGAUGUCACUUUGUACUCAAAUGAAAUCUGUAAAAGGUUGGUUGAAUAAAUUGAACUUUUUAAAAAUGCCUAUUAUUUCUAGAUACUUUAACAAUAUUUCAUGAACGGUUGGUUACUGACACUUGUUAUAGGCUACCAGCAACAGGCUGAAUUAGAGGUGCAGUUCCAGAAUAUCACUAGUAAAAUACAUAAAGGCAUGGUGCGGGUUAUUUUUUCAUAUUAAAAUUUACUUUAGAUACCGGCAAAUGAGAGAACGUGGAGUAUUUCUGUAGAAAUAUACUGUAUCUGUUAGAUGAAAUAGUUUUAAAAACUCUAACUGGCAACGUAAUUUGCAUUUUUUUUCCCAUUUGUAAGAAACAAACUUGACUUUUUACAUGAGGUUUCCACAGUCUACUCUUAAGACUCUCCCUGUGGAUCAGGGUUGGGCAACUGAGUCCAUCCAUCUGUUCUUGGACUGGAGUUCACAGCAUGAUUACACUGGCUAGGGCUAAUGGAAGUUGUAGGCUAAAAACACCUGGCAGUCUACCGCUACUCACACGUGCUAUGGAAGAACUUACAUUUGAAACUUUGAGUAGGUCCAGCUGCCCAUGCUGAGAAUACUUUGUGACAUUAAUCCAGUGAGACAGCAUAAGCUGGUUGGUUACCUUUCUGCCUACCAUUGCAACACAAACACCAUUGCAGGUUCUCGCUGCUGAGAAGCUGAAUCUUCUCAGUGCAUUCAUCCAGUCAGAAAUUAAAACUUUCCUCACACAGCAUAUUAAUGGUUAUAGAUAAACAGAGGAAGCCGAGUGAGACCUCCAGCCAGUAGGAGUUUUGGUAGCUGUAGCCCAGAAAAAAUAACUUUCCAAGUUUUGUGAGGCUAAGCUCUGAAAAGCACAAUCCUGAAUCAAGAUCUCGCAGCCUGAUCUGCUCAUUUUGAUCCGAAGGAGGUAUGCAGACUUGAGGUUUUACAGAAACAAUAAUUAAAAUAGCACACGGAGUCAUAUAGUCAUUCUUUUAAAAAAAACAUUCACUUUGGUUGGAUCCAAAUCAAGUCAAUCUUGGGCUAGACCCAUUGGAAUCAAUGGGGUGUGAAGAUACUGAACAAGAAACAAAAGAAAAGAUAAAA